AUGGCACUUCCAAACCAAAAAACUGUUGAUUACCCAAGUUUCAAGCUUGUGAUUGUUGGUGACACUACAAAACAAUGUGAUGGCGGAACCGGGAAAACAACUUUUGUCAAAAGACAUCUUACUGGAGAAUUUGACAAGAAAUACGAACCUACAAUUGGUGUUGAAGUUCAUCCUCUAGACUUCCACACAAACGUUGGACCGAUUAGGUACUACUGUUGGGAUACUGCUGAUCAAGAGAAAUUUGGUGGCCUAAGAGCAACUGCAAUGGACGAAGAUGGAUACUAUAUCCAUGGGCAAUGUGCAAUAAUCAUGUUUGAUGUUACUGCUCGUAUGACAUACAAGAAUGUCCCAACAUGGCACAGAGAUCUCUGCAGGGUGUGUGAGAAUAUCCCAAUUGUUCUUGGUGGAAACAAGGUUGAUGUCAAGAACAGGCAGGUGAAAGCAAAGCAGGUCACAUUCCACAGGAAGAAGAAUAUGCAAUAUUAUGAGAUUUGUGCAAAGAGCAACUACAACUUUGAGAAGCCUUUCUUGUACCUUGCCAGAAAGCUUGCAGGUGACGCUACCAUCCACUUUGUAGAGUCACCAGCUCUUGCCCCUCCUGAAGUUACCAUUGACUUGGAUCAGCAACGUCAGAUUGAAAGAGACUUAGAAGAUGCGAAGUUAAAACCACUUCCUGAUGAUGAUGGAUUGAGUACAGUUUUUCCUAGUUUUUGUUUACUUUGA